UACACUGCCUAAAGGAUUGCCAGCCUCAGCUGACAAGCAAGUUUAUUAAGACUUUGGAAUUAUAUGACAAUCAUAGAUAGGGAAUAGGAAAGAGUGAGGCAGUGGAGAUGCCAAAUUUCUCUGUCAUUUCAUGUUUUGCAAACUCUAGACGCCAAGCCAAGCUACUCCCACUAUAAAUACAGUCGUCGAAUUCUUCACUCUUGAGCCCCAUCAGUGACUUUUCUUUUGUCUCUGCGAUUCGUUACAAGUAUCUCCCUCUAGCUCUCUGUAGGAUAUCCUUCUCUUUCUUGUAUUGUGUGAGAUAUAUGUGUGGAAUAGUAAAGAUUGAAUAGAUACAAAGAUGGGUAAUCUACUCUGCUGUGUACAAGUGAAGCAAUCCAAAGUUGCCAUUAGGGAAAGAUUUGGCAAGUUCAAUUCAGUGCUCAAGCCAGGUUGCCAUUGCCUGCCAUGGAUUUGUGGAUAUCGGCUUGCCGGUCAUCUCUCUCUCCGGUUGCAGCAGUUGGAAGUCCGUUGCGAAACCAAGACAAAGGAUAAUGUAUUUGUGAACGUUGUUGCAUCUGUGCAAUACCAUGUUCUGUCUGAUAAGGCAAGUGAUGCUUUUUACAAACUUAGCAAUGCCCGAUCACAAAUCCAAGCCUAUGUUUUUGAUGUGAUCAGAGCAAGUGUUCCGAAGCUGAACUUGGAUGAUGUUUUUGAGCAAAAGAAUGAAGUUGCAAAAGCUGUAGAACAGGAGCUUGAAAAGGCUAUGUCUGCUUAUGGAUAUGAAAUUGUUCAAACACUAAUUGUAGAUAUAGAACCAGAUGAGCAUGUGAAGCGGUCCAUGAAUGAAAUCAAUGCGGCUGCAAGAAUGAGAGUAGCAACAAAUGAGAAAGCAGAAGCAGAGAAAAUUAUACAGAUCAAGCGAGCAGAGGCAGAGGCUGAAUCAAAGUAUCUGUCAGGUACGGGCAUUGCUCGGCAGCGCCAGGCAAUUGUGGAUGGACUAAGAGACAGUGUUCUCGGGUUCUCAGAGAAUGUGCCAGGGACUAGUGCUAAAGAUGUUCUUGACAUGGUCCUUGUCACCCAAUACUUCGACACUAUGAAGGAAAUUGGUGGUUCCUCUAAAUCCUCGGCUGUUUUUAUACCUCAUGGACCAGGGGCUGUCCGAGAUGUUGCUUCGCAGAUUCGAGAUGGGUUGCUCCAGGUUUCAUCACACCAGCACCAUCAGUAAAUUUAUGCCAGGUUUUCCUGGGGUUCUGAAGGAGCCAGUUGAAGCUUCAAAAGAUUUGUGAAUAAAUUUCUAGUAGCAGAAGUCUUAUAAUAGAUAGAGUUUGAAUCACUUUUACAGUAUCUCAAAGUUGUGGCUGCAUUAGUUAGAUGAGUUUUAUACAGAAAGUGUUCCAAGUACACCUUUGGACUAAAGUUUCAGGUGAUAGGUCAUUAAUUUUUCGCUUUCCGUUGGGUUCAUGGUUUGUCUGAGAUUGUUCUUUGGUGAGUCUAAUCGUUCAUAUAAAAAAGCUAAAUUUCAAAGAGUUUCAGCUAGGAUAGUUUGGUAAGAAUGCCUCUCAUAUAAACUCGAUCAAAUAAAUACCAGCCAGGAGCCCAUCAAACAAAAUUGUUGCAGAGGUACAGAGUAAGCAAUGAAAAUUAGAUUAUUAGCAUAUAUUUGGCCGCAAUCCACAAUUGCCUUUAAAAAACCAUACGAAGAUGCAGGCCUUCCACAACCAUUCGAAUUUGUCAUUUUGCCAUUUGCCAUUCAAUGUGCUCCUAAAAAUAUAUAUAUAUAUAUUUUUUUCUCUCUCUCUCUCUCUCGCAAUAAGCAAACUUCUAGAAGAAAAAGAACCCUCUUAGCAUAGCACGAAUCAAACUCUUAGAUUAAUUAUAAGAACAGCAGGAUAUAAACUAAUCAUACAAAUGCAAAUGUGUUAUACAAGCGUAUAUACAUGUAUAUGUAUAUAUAGAAUAAUUCCCUAUUCCAGAAAUCUUGGAAGAAUUUUCAUCCGGAACAAAGCCUAUUCUUUCCCAAAUAUGCAUGUAGUUUAUUCAUACGCAAUGAAAAUUCAUCCAAGAUUCCUGGUGCAACGAAAAAUUCUGCAUCUGUACAUGUGCUUGUGUGUGUCUAUACAUUACACAUAUGAUGUGUAUCACCGUAGGCUAUGUAUUAAGUAAUCCAGCAGAAGCAAUUAUAAUAGCAUAACGAAAGGAGAACAACCACAAUAUCCAAAAGAAAACAGAAGAAGAGCAGGUCAAACGUAUGGUAGGCUCACAGGAAAGAAAAAUUACUGAAAAGAACCAUCAAAAUUGGAACAUAAGUUCAAGUCGUACUCCUAUAACAGAUUUAAUCACCCUCUUUUACCAGGAGGUUGAUAGGAGUAUACGAAAUCAAAAAGUACCAGCAAGGUCUAUGACAAGUAGAUUUAUUUUUACAGCCCUAAACCACCAAGAUUAAAAACAAUGUGACAUAAGCAUUUGUUCUCCAAAAAAAAAAAUAAAUAAAGACAACAAUAGGAAAAAGAAAAGUGGGUCUGAACUUUGAAUAGACAACUAUACUAUGCUCCCAUUUGCUACCUUUCCAGUCCCAAACACA